CAUACUGUCACUGUUUUACAUUCUUUUUUUGGGACGGUGGGGUAGCCCAGCGGUUAAAGCGUUCGCUGGUCAUGCCGAAAGUGUCCUUCGUUCGCUACACAACCUAUCGUUUCCAAUGCUAUAGACAUCAUGUGUUUAAGAAACGGAUGUCAAAUGUAUCGUAUCUCACAAUUCCGAAAGAAGUAGAAGAUGAAAUGAGUUUAUAAAAUACGAUUGCCCUGGAAGAUCAGAGUUCCCUUCUGGACAUUCUAACUGGGCGACUGACCGGCUAAUCGGUCGAUACCUGAGUGCCCAUAACUUACUCGUUGGAAAUCAUCAUCCCAUUAGCAGCUAUCACUCCUGUGGUUCAUCAAGCAUAGGAUAUGACAACCACCAUUAGCCAGUUACAGCUAAGAUCGGCAGCUCAAAUGGAUACACAUGCUUGAGCGUCUCCCACGAUGACAGAGCUCUUCAGAUACAGUUUUUUUCUACUGAUCCUUGAAACUGGAAGUAUUCAAAAUAUUCCUUUGGAUGUAUUAUAUUUAGUGAAAAAUAACACAGAGCUUUCAGCAUUCCGUUCGUUUCACGAAUCAUUGCUACAUCGUGGAAUCAGCCUCAACGCAUUGCCAAUGUUCCUGGACUUAGCCCAACCGUUUGCCUCGGUAUCUAAAUUUACCACACAAUUGGUCAGCCCUGACCUGAUAGUGAUGUCAUCCCAGGUAUGUGGUUCCUUAGCAACGGGAUCUUGGCUGGAUGGUAUCAGUGUCCCUCACGUAUGCCACCACGAUGGUUCCGUUGACAGGACGAGCUUUCUUAUCGACAUCUUUGCAAAGAAAUGCCUUCAAAACUCACGACCUGAAAUCUUAUCAACGACGCAAUGCCUGGAAUCUUUGAAAUUGCAGCCGGAACCAGACAUGAUUCUAGGGUCUUUGGUUUCUGGUCUUCAGUGGUCUCACGUUACCAUAUUCUUCGAGGACAGAAUGGAUGCUAUCGUCACAUCUGUUUCGACACAAGUAUCGCAGCUCAAUGUGCAGUGUUCGAUGUACAGGGUGAACGUCAAUCACACAGAUGAAGAAAUUUAUGAUCUCAUCAAGCGAGCGGUAUCUCUUCUUCCGGUAUCUGAAAGAAACUUUCUGAUAUUGUGUGAUGGUACUUGUGGAAGGAGAUUUCUAGAUCAGGCUGACAGAUUGGACGACCGGGAGACAGCAAUAUACAUGAUGUCAGCAUGGUUGUUGUUGGUGUCGAUGGAGGAUUACACUAUGUUAGAGGAUGUUCACUAUAAGCUAGACAACGUAGCCGCACUUCUUCUACCGUCGCUCAUUCUUCCAUACGGAAAUAUAAUGCCCACUGUCAACCGGACAUGUAUAGAACUUCCGACAGACUGGAGGGUAACCUACUGCAUGCAUCAAGCAACGAACAGCUGUUCUGACGGCCACCUGGUGACUCUGCUACAUCGGCCAACAUCUCGGCAGUGGAGUCCCGUGGGAUAUGUGGGCAAAUCAGGACAAAUGAUAGUUCCUGAUGCCAUAUUUCCAAACAAGGACUAUGGUUUCAACAAGAGGAAACUUCAAAUAGUAACUAUUCUUUUGUAUCCAUUUGCUAUGAAGAACAGUACACUAGAGAAUGACACAUACACUGGGAUUUGUCUGGACCUUCUUCAGGAGUUGGCGUCCUCCUUUAAUUUUACGUAUGAAGUAUCAGAACCCGCCGACGGCGAGUAUGGAAGAAUACUUAAUGGUUCCUGGACGGGUGUAGUCGGAAUGUUAGAAAGACAGGACAUCGACAUGGCUGUAGCCCCGCUGACAGUAACACAAGAGCGUGAGAAGGUUAUGGACUUCGUCUACCCCUACUACUACGACACAGGGGCAGCUCUCUAUAAACUGCCAGACAAAAUGUCCAAGAAAUGGCUAACUCUGAUCAGACCGUUUAAAUGGGAAGUGUUUCUAUGUUUAGGAAUGGUUUUUAUCGGCAUGACGUUUCUUCUCAGUGGAAUGGAAUUCGUAAACAUUCGUAAAAAGAAACUCCCCAUGACCGCGGCGGACAUUCUGGGCUCCAGUGUGUGGCAUAUAUCCGGAACCUUUUUCAGACACGGUAGCAACAGUCUUCCUAAAUCCUCACCUGGGCGCAUACUUAUCAGUUUCGUGUGGUUAUUCUGUAUCAUCAUGGUUGCCGCGUACAGUGGGAAUCUCAUCGCUUUCCUCACAGUGUCCAAGAAUUACCCUCCUUUUAAAACACUGGCGGAGGUGACUGAACAGACUGACUACACCUGGGGAACAGAUGGGGGAAGCAUGUGGACUACUCUCUUCCAGACAUCCAAUAGAAGUGAUUACAAGAAGAUAUGGCAGGGUAUAAUGAACCACAACAGAAGUAACUCGGAAGUUCUGAGUUUGAAUCAAGGUCUUCAUAGGAGUCACGUUGAAGAUGGAUCCUACAUCUUCAUCUUCGACCGGGACGUGAUCGACAUCUGGUCCCUUGACAAUUGUAACUUGAUAUUGCUUGAAGAAACGUUCUACCAAAUAACCUAUGCCGUGGGACUACCUCAGAAUUCUCCCUAUGGAAGAUUGAUAUCGGAAAAGAUGUUGAAAAUUGAACAAAGCGGAUUACUCCAGAUAUGGAGAAGUAGGUGGUGGCCGAAGGGGAGUGGAUGUGCAGGGAAGACCCAAGUUCAGGCCAAAAUAAUUGAACUUAUUGACCUACAGAGCGCAUUCUACUUUUUGGGAGUUGGCCUUUGUACGGCUCUUCUGGUGUUGAUGGGAGAGCGUUUACGACAAUGCUGCACAUGAGUGUAACUAGUAAAGUCUUGUUGAUGCAGAAUCACAUUCGUGCCUAUGUGUAUUGUAAGUAGGGAUGGAAUUCGACCUCAUUAGUACUUGCUUGUUAAUAAAUAAUGUUGUGUUAGAUUAAGGUGGGUAAAUCAUCUCGGUACUCAGUGGCGAAUACCGGCAUUCCACACAAGAGACAUUCAUGCAUUAUUUGUGAGGUUGUUAGAAACAUCUGAACAUUCCGUGGUGUUAUUUGAACUUCCGCUGCGCAAAACAGUGUGUGUGGAAUAUAAUGAAGUCAUAUCACCGGCAAUUUUCUCUUUCACGUCAAGACAACAAGAUUUUGUCGCAGUUUUCAUUGUUCUCAAUCGUGAUCUGUUAACAAAUGUCAGGAUUAAUUAAUCGAGUCCGGACCAACUGGAUUUUGCUGUAUUAUCAUUAUUUACAAUACAUGCUUUAAUGCCUUGCCAAAGUCAUUAGUUACUCUUCCCUUUGAUAUGGAUGUUAUUGAGUGUAGCUGAGUGGUUCGAUUUCUGUUUGAACAAUAUAUCACUGUCUGCUUGUU